AUGUCCACUUCCCAAAGUUCCAGCGCUGGAAGCACGCCGGGCAUCAACAUUAACAUUAACACUGGUCCCGUGUCCCAGGGCAGCCACUGGAGGGCAUAUGGUCCCUACCACCCCCAGGUCUGGGCAGAACCGGGCAAAUUUCUUUGUGACUGCCUAACCCACGACGAGUGGCAGUGGCCCACCGAACAUGCUGAGCUCACAAUCGCCCCCUGCGCAUACAGAUGUCCCUUCUGUGAUGAGUUCAACAAGGCCGGAAGAUCAAGACUCAUGGCCUCGAACCUCCGCCGUCACAUCACCAAAACGCACAUCGAGGGGUACUCUGAACGGUUUGGCACUCUUGUCGUCGCGGCUGGGGUGAUAGGGAACCGGAGAGAUGUACCUCGCCCCGCUGAUGGGAAGGACCACUUGGGUGCGCCGUAG